CUGAAAAGAAUGAGUGAAAUAUCUGUGUUAUUUUCAGGUAGGACGACGAAAAGACAUGCAGUAUCUGCUAUCAUGCAAGUGUCUUCCAAUGAUAGAAAAAUUUUGUUGCGGAAAAUGCCUGUGGUUGUUCCUAAAUCACCUGAUAAGCGUCUUCCAUUAAAGGACAAUGGACGAGAGUCACCAGAAAACGCUGAAGCAAAAUUAAUAUCUUGCCAGCCCGAAGAGCUUCCAAAGUUCUUUUCUAGAACGAUGGGCAAUAAGCGGAUAAAAAGUGUAGAAAUAUCCAAAAGUAACGGUAGUUGCAGAGAGCAUACAUCGUCUGUGAAUUUGAUAAAAUUAUAUUUCAAAGGGUCAGUGGAGAAAAGCCUUGACUCUAAUGCAACUGUAAAAUCAGACAGCAACUCAAUGUGUAUUGAGGAUCGACCAAAUCGUCAGAAGCCUUCAAUACUCACUCGUUUCCAAAGGAAAAGCUCAGCGAAGUCUAGAGCUCCUGAAGUGUCAAAUGGAAAACAGUUGGAAGGGCAUGCGGCACCGAAAUCAGCUUUAGACGAGUUUCUAGAGUCAAUUGAACAAAACGUGCCCACCUUUCCUCAGCAAUUAAUAUCACAAACAAAUAAUAUCUCAGAAGCUCUGCAAUUAACUGGCAAAAGACUUCUGAGCACUGAAAGUAAGUCUAAUCCGUACUCCGCGUAUACGAAGCUCGUUAAAAGUCCGAGCGUAUGCAAGAAAACCAAAGUAAAUCUGGAUCAUCAGCGUAAAAUGCAAUUAUCCGAGAGAUCAGCGAUUUCCCCUUACCUACAUUUCAUCCCAAACGGAAGAGUAGCUCCUCUGUUGAACCCCAAUUUUGCAACAUCAGAAAGUACAGUAAUACAUCCACAGAGCUCAAGUACCGAAAUUUCAGAGCCGUGUCAACUUUCAUUGGACUCGAUAUUCAAUGAAGUCAGAAGGCAUGCAGAGCAACCGGCUUUGUUUCCAAAUCGAAAAGAUGUCUCGAUUUGCGACGUAAAGAAUAUGAUGAAAAAGCGUCAAUUGAAAACGAAUCCGAGUCUGGACACUUAUAUGGGAAGAGACUGCAAGAACCCUGACAAGGAUGAUGUAAAUUAUAUCAACAAAAGAUCAGUGCUGGGAAAACAGGCGUUUUUCGCGCAAAUAGCCGAUGCGAUGGUUGUUGUAACCCCUGACAGAGGCGAAGAGAAGAAACGGAAUGCACUAGAGAUGCUGGCGUACUCGGAACCAGCGAAGAAAGCAGCGAGCAAAAGACCUCGGGAGGACACCAGUAGUAGCAACAGUUAUUCUCAUCCUGCUCUGACUGCUGAUCCAAGUGCCAAACGAGCGAUGCGAUCCAUGCGAAAGACAGCCAAUGACAACAGACAACUUGUGCUAGAUUUUGGACAAAAGAACUUUGGUGCGCGCUGGUGCAAGUCAUGUGGCUUCGUCUACACGCCCUCUCAUCCAGACGACCUUAAGUUACACGAGAAAUACCACAACAAGAAAACAAAGCUGCUCAAAUACACCCUGAAAGGAAAUGAGCGAGUGGUUGGUAGCUUCGAAGAUGGUUGUAUCAUCCAAGUGGCCUAUGAGAACACACAGAAUGUGCAUGGGGUCUCCUGUCUGAGCAGUGAGCCUGUGAGUCAUCUGGAGAGAGUGGUGGGUGAGCUGAGAGAAAGAGUAGACGCUGAACUGGGCUUUGUGGAGGAUUCACAAGACAGGCUUGAACCCCUAAUUCUGGUCUUUGUAUCAACCAAUGGAAACCUUGUGGGCUACUUACUUGGAGAGAAGAUCGAAUGGGGCUUCCGAGUAGUGGCAGAUGACACAGCAGCAUGUAGUUCGACUUCUGACCCGGUCAGUGGCACAGUGACUAAUGCCCGUGGUGAAGAGGAAGAGAUAGGGCGCAGCUGGAGUUGCAGCCUCACCCCCGAGACAGCAGACUGUGGGGUGAGCAGGAUCUGGGUGGCCCCCCAGGUCAAGAGGAGACACAUCGCCACUCGCAUGGUCAACGCUCUCAGGCGUUUACGUGGCGUUAAUUACGAAGACGGAAUGUUGCCUAAAGAGCUGUUAGCUUUCUCGGAUCCGACUAAUGCUGGGAGGAGUUUCGCUGUCUCCUACAUUGGAAGAGAAGACUUCCUGGUGUUUAAGUGCAUCCAAUCAAACCAACCUGUGAGAGACUUCCUUAAAGAGCAGGAAGAAAGAGAUAAGCAGCUUUUGUAAAAUACAACCAAACUGAAAGCAGCCAAUAAAUAUCGACAAUCGAAAAGUUGAGCUGAACUCAUUUUCAAGAAAAUUAAACUUGCCUUUGAACCAAUGCUUCCUCAUCGAAAUAAGAAUUAUUGUAGUUUUUUUGAAUUUGCAAGUGUAGAUUGUAGAUUAUUUAAUUCAACCUGUU